AUGUUGGACGAUGCCUGCACCGAGCAGAAGCAGCUGGCGUUGAAGUGGAUGGUGUCACAUGCGGCGCCAUCCCUUUCUUCGGUGGUGCGGUGCAGCGACGUGCGUUCAACUCCGGCGGCGGCGGCAGCAUCUUCAUCAAACCUUAGCGAUUGUUAUGGCGGCGCAGCUCACCGGCUGACGCAGUCUUUGCUCAGACGGGGCACUCAAAGAGGCGUUCCUUUAAACUCAAAGGCAGAAAGCCCGACGUCGGCAACAGGACCCUCUCGCAGCUUCCGCAGGGAAGUGACAGACGUGUUGCCGGCGACGACAAUUUCAUUCGAGAAGGAACUACCGGCCAAAAAGCGGGUGCUUCGCCGAAGUGCCAGUGGAGGCAUGCAAAUUUCAGCGUCCUUGUCAUCCUCCCGCCCACCGCCGCCAGCAGCCGGUUUUUCCAGGACGUUUUCUCAACGUGUCAGUGGCAGCGACACAUGUCUAUUUGUUGAACGAUCAUUGUUGCGGAGCAGCGGAGAGCUCCGCCGCGUCAUAGGGACGCCUUCGAUGGGGCGAAGAGUAUCCUUUAGUGAAGGCACAGCGCAUGCCGCCAGUAGGCGCUGGAAUGAAUCAGGCCGGAAGUCGAGAGCCAUUCUCGACAGCCAUCCAUCGUCAUGCGAUGUCUCGACAACAGCGGCACCCCGAACGCCACUUAAACGUCUGGAGUCGGCGCCCAUCCUACAAGGAAAGCCUUCACUAACGAAGACAGAGGAGGGGGCUUCCAUUUCACCCUUACGUCUGUGCGUGGGCGCCGCUGUUGGCAGCUCCGGACAAAAGCCAUUUAUCCGACAAAUGACUAGGAGGGGCUCUGGCUGUCUCGUGAUGCCGUCACUGGCUUUACGAAAUACCGGGGGAAAGUUGAGUCUUGCGACGACGCCCAGUCCAAUGUAUAUUAUAAAAAAACACGCUUUCGAAUUCAAAGGUGCACGGGAAAGCAAUGCAUCUACUAAAACUUGCGUGCCGUCAACAUCCGCACCACAGGGAAUGGCUCGGACAACGGCAAGAGAAGGCACAGAGGGCGAUAAAGAUUCAAAUUCUCAAAAAUUAUUCCAUCAGCCCCAGCGCAAUAACAAAUAUAAUCAGAAGCAAUCGCAACAGCAACAGCUAUUAAAGACGACUUCGGUCUUUGCACGGUCCAAUACGACGUAUGUCUCUCCUGUAGCGAAGGGUUCUUCCACCAAUGCUACUAGGAAUGGUUCCGCAGGGGUGCCGUUUGCACGCCAGGUCAGUCAACUAUGCCUCAUGGUUCUACAAGAGCGUGACCGUCGCCUUGAACGACAAAAACCCAUGCGGGAAAAGGAGGCAAGUGAGGCCAAGCCCAAAGGAGGGGAAGAUGAAGCGAAGCUAAGACAACCGUCACGCUCAAUGGAUAUUCUCUCAAGUUCGGUUGUGUCUCUGCCUUUCAGAAGUUGCUUUGAGGAAGUUGAGGCCGAAGAACGGACGGGCUCACCGGGGGAAGUCUUGAAAUGCGUGAGGACUGUACUAGAAAAAAGAGGCGUGCCGCGGAUGCAAGAUUCCGACUCGUCAAUGAAGCUAACGGGUAAUUCCAACGAAAAUAUGAACGCCUGUGGGGUAAGCAGCAGCAUUCGCUCUAGUGGGGCUUCAACCACCGUGCGCAGCGGUGAUGGGGCGACGCACAAAUUUGCCGCAAGGAAGAGCGGUGAAAAAGUGGAGGAGGUUAAAACUGGGGGUAAGAUGGAUAGUAAUGUCUGCUAUGAAAGUCCCACGGAUGGGGAGAAACAGGAGAAGGAAAGGGAGGCGGUGGAGGAGGAGGAGGAGGAAGAUGAUGAUAGAUGGUGGGAUGCCGAGGAAGACCCAUGGUGGUGCUUUAACGUGUUAUGGUGCAGGUCUUCGGAGUCCCUGCCACCGCUUCCAGACUUUGUGCCUUCACUCAACUUAUCUUUGUUACGCAUCCCCGACGAAUUUACGGCACGCACAACGAAAUAUGCCAUUCCAAUGCCAACCCCAGUGACUAUCUGUGGAGAGAAUGGCGUGAGGGCAGGAGGCAAGUUCCGUGAAUCUUUACAAUGUGUAUCAAACAAUUUUACAGACACAAGUGAUGCCCUUGCGGGCGGUAGAGGUGCAGAGCGGGAGUUGAAUCAGUCUCUCCGAAAGCUGCGUAUUCAACUUCUGUUGUUGGAGACCCAUGAGCGAAGAUCGCGCCGAAUGGUCAGUCAGGAUGAGACAGCGGCGUGGAAAGCAAUAAAUAAAAAAUGUGGCUUAGACCUGUUAAAGCACAGGCGAAGAUAA